UUGGAGAUAGUAAGUGAUGUUGUAUUUUUAAUAUACCAAAGUUAAUAUUACGCCUGAACUAUGUUAUCUGCAAUGUUAUAUUUUUGUUAUUCCUAAAAUGUUUAUUUUACGACACUCCAUUUUUCCACCAAAAUUGCAUACAUAACUUUCCAUUUUUCACUAAAAUUAUUAUUAAAAAUACUUUUUUUUUAUUAAAUUCUAGUAAAAAAACUAUUACAGCUCAACAAUUACGACAUUUUCGUCAAAAUAUAUUAUGCAUUGGGCAACUACAUAAAUUAUAAGAAUUGCUCCGAUAAAUCCAUUUUUACCAACUUUAGCUAGACAACGAGGAAUCCCUGUGCUCGUCAUUGGAGUAAUCUUUACGAUUAUGCCUAUUUUCAAUAUAGUUAUAAGACCAAUAGCUGGAUAUAUUACCGAUCGUUGGCACUGUCGUAAACAAGUAUUUUUGGGCGCUUCGCUGUUGAACGCUUUUAUUACUCCACUAAUACAUUUCACGCCCGACUUUACCGAUUAUGGAUAUGCCGAAAACUUGGACAUCAUGACGCACUGGAAAUUUUGGAUUUUUUUUACCACCAUUACAGCGAGGAUGUUGCUUUGGAUGGUGGGAGAUGUUCUUCAAGAUACGAUCUGUUUGGAAAUGUUGGGUGACGACAAAAAGAGUUAUGGAAGACAACGGGUCUGGGGAGCGGUUGGCUGGGGAAUUUCUACACUGUUGGUCGGCGCGUGUGUGGAUUGGUACAGCAUUGACGCAGAACACAAAAACUACUUACCAGCGUAUUUGAUCGCUAUGAUAUUCCUUAUCUGUCAUUUUAUUGUUGCAUUUCAGCUAAACAAAAAUCAAACUUGUACAUCUAAAAGCAUGAAUAAUGAUGUCUUAAAAAUAUUAUGUGAUGUUAAAGUCUACUCAUACCUUGUGUGGGCUGUGUUUGCUGGCAUUUUCACAGCAUACAUUUGGUUUUAUUUAUUUCUGUACAUUGAAGACUUAGCAAACAUUUAUCAUCAAGAACGAUUACCGUGGAUCAAGACUAUACAAGGUUUCUCAGUAACAGUACAAUGUUGUGUAGGAGAAAUUCCAAUUUAUAUCAUGUCAGGAUACAUACUGAAACGCAUUGGACAUAUGACAGCUUUUUCAGUAGCAUUUGCAAUGUUUUCGAUAAAAUUUUUCCUGUAUUCAAUUAUUAAAGAUCCACUUUGGGUAUUGCCAGUAGAGCUGAUUAAUGGUAUAACGUUUGCCUUGGCUUUUGUGGCUGGCAUUUCGUACGCGGCCGAAGUAGCGCCUAGUGGCAGCGCGGGUACUCUUCAAGGCCUAUUCGGCAUGGCUUUUCAUGGAAUAGGUAUAUCAUUUGGUUCGUUCACUGCAGGUUACACGUUUGAACAUAUAGGUAGCUCGGCUUCUUUCAGAUUAUUGAGUUACGUAGCGUUUAUUACGUUUCUAGUCCAACUAUUCGUCAGUCAACUAAUAAUGCGAAUGAGUAGACCCACAGAAAACGGUACCUCAGACGAGCGUACAACAAAAGAAAUCACCACUUGUCCGGAAAACUCAUUUGACUUGGGUUUCACGAACCCAAUACCAGUUACAUCUACCGAUUCUUAUAGUUAACGGAAAUAACUUUGAAUCUCUCUGGUAGUUUUUAUA